AGCCUACACACGUGCGGUAGUCUUCGUCUUCGUUCAGCUAGGGUUUUUAAUCAGCCUCUUCCAUUUCUUUUCUUGGCACCUCUUCUUCUUUUCCCUCGAACGACAGAAUCGCUUGAGAUCGCCACAUCCGGCGGACCCAGAAUUCGAAUUGCGUUCCAAAUCGCAAAUCGCAGGAUAACGAGCGAUUUAGGGACCGCCGCUAAUAAUGGGCGAGACGGGAAAGCGAUCGCGCUUCCAAAGAGACUACGAGACCGAGAGCAAGAAUCAGAAGAGACGGGCCGUGGACAGAGACGAAAAGGGCAGUGAUGAAGUGGUUGUGUACAGAAUACUUUGCCCUGAUGGAGUCAUCGGGAGUGUGAUCGGCAAGAGCGGGAAGGUGAUCAACACUAUAAGGCAGGAGAGCAGAGCGAAGGUCAAGGUGGUCGACCCGUUCCCCGGUGCUAAGGAUCGGGUCAUCCUCGUCUAUUGCUUCGUCAAGGACAAGAAGGAUGUGGACGUGGACGACGAUUUCGAUGACGACAAGCCUCUCUGUCCUGCGCAGGACGCGCUUGUAAGAGUCCACGCUGCCAUUGUUAGGUCUCUGGCGGCUUUCGCAGAGUCCGAGAAGAAGCGGGCCGACAGGGACGAAUGCCGGAUUCUGGUCCCUUCGAGUCAGUCGGCGAACGUCAUCGGUAAGGCAGGAGCUACUAUUAAGAGGCUGAGAAGCAAGACCAGGACGAAUAUCAAGGUUACGGCGAGGGAUGCAUCUGAUCCGACUCACUCAUGUGCCUUGGAGUUCGACAACUUCGUCACGAUAACUGGGGAAUCAGACUCAGUGAAGAAAGCGUUAUAUGCAAUUUCUGCAAUCAUGUACAAGUUCACUCCUAAGGAGGAGAUUCCUCUUGAUACAUCUGUGCCUGAAGCACCACCAAGCAUAAUUAUCCCUUCAGAUAUUCCCAUCUUUCCCCCCGGUGGAUAUGGGAGCACUGAUCCUAUUAUUCCAGGAUCAGUUCCUCCACUCUUGGGUACUGCACAUUUGUCUGAACUUCAAGGUUACAGGGAUCCAGGAAGCACAUGGCCGACCUAUUCAUCUUCUCUUCCAGUGGUUUCUUUUGGUGGCGGCUCCCAGUCUGAGGAGCUGAUUGUUAGAGUUUUAUGCCCCUUUGACAAGAUUGGACGUGUUAUUGGCAAGGGAGGGGGCACAAUUAAAAGCAUAAGACAGGCAAGUGGUGCUCGUAUCGAGGUUGAUGAUUCUAAAGGUGAUCGUGAUGAGUGCAUAAUCACUGUUAUAGCAACUGAGUCACCUGAUGAUCUGAAAUCGACGGCCGUUGAAGCUACUCUAUUGCUUCAAGGGAAGAUCAAUGAUGAAGAUGAUGAUACUGUUACCAUGCGACUCCUUGUUUCAUCAAAAGUGAUUGGAUGUAUAAUAGGAAAAAGUGGAUCAAUUAUAAAUGAAAUUCGGAAGAGAACUAAAGCGGAAAUCCGAAUCUCGAAAGGCCAGAAACCGAAGAGUGCCGAUUCAAGUGAGGAACUUGUUGAGGUAUCGGGAGAAGUAGUUAAGGUGAGAGAUGCGCUUAUCCAAAUUGUAUUAAGGUUGCGGGAUGAUGUUCUCAAAGAAAAGGAUGGAGGUUAUAACCCUUCUGUGGGUGCUGACUCUCUUGGCAGUGGUCACUCAGUGCCUUCUGCCUUGCCUUCAGCUCGUUCUGUUCCUUCACUGAGUUAUGAUCAAAAGACUGAUGUUGGAAGUGGCUUGGGCAUGCUCUCUUCAAGCAGCCUUUAUGGAUAUGGAUCUUUGUCGAUGAAUGAAAGUGGCUAUGGAUCCUUAUCGUCCUAUUCAUCGAAGCUAUAUGGCGGAUUAGCUCCUCCAUCGACUCUCGAAAUAAUUAUUCCUGCAAAUGCGGUGGGUAAGGUGAUGGGAAAAGGAGGAGCAAAUAUAGCCAAUAUUCGUAAUAUAUCCGGAGCAAUGGUAGAAAUCUCUGAACCCAAAUCAUCUCGUGGUGAUCGCAUUGCUCAUAUAUCUGGCACACCAGACCAGAAGCGCACUGCUGAAAACCUGAUUCAAGCAUUUAUAAUGGCCGCUUGACGUGGAAGCUCUUCUUGGUAUCUUUUGGUGAUGGGAGUAACCUUCUGUGAAUGUUUUCUUCAUAGUUCCCUUAGGUGGUUCAUGCAGAGGAUUAGUUUAUCUCCUCUAUGCUCUUCUCCUGUUACUCCGCCCAACAUCCUGUGGGAAGAAAAUGUAGCUUGCUCUAUAUUUAGAGGAUAUAGGUUCUUCUGUGCUGUUUUUAUCUACUUGGUAGCUGGUUACUGGCUACUUAUCGGGAUCUUCCUUUCCAUUUCUUUUGAGCUCGUCUGGUCUUUUCAGUCACUUGUUGACUUCGCUUCUUUAUCCAGUGUUUAGUACUCUGCUAACUGAUUUCCAAUCCGAGGGGUCGUUUGCAGUUUUAUUCA